AUGUCUGCACGCGUCCUUGAACGAUCAGCUACUAGUGUCAAAAACUGUAUUAAACGAAUAAACUUGACCCAAAAUUGUGGUUAUUUGAAAGGAAAGAAUAGUGGCCGAAAAUUAAUAGUUGAUGAUUGUUCUGAACGUUUAAUUCUUCGAAAAAUUAAAGCAAAUCCAAUGAUAAGGAUAAUGCUAAAACGCUUGCUUGCCACUAAAUCUCAUCUAAUAACAUAUCUCCACCAACAUGUUCUUUGGACUGACGAAUCCUCUAUCAGCACCGAUUCAUAUGAAAAAGUUCGCGUUUGGUGUCAUAAAGAUGAGCUUUAUGAUCCAAUUGCACACAAGCAACCGUUAAAAGUGGUCGAAAAUCUAUUAUGGUCUGGGGAUGUUGAAAAGUAUGGAAACAUUAUUUUAGAUGUAAUUUACCCAAUGGUUAUGGUUGCAGAAGAGGCAAUAUUUCAAGAGGAUAACGCACCAAUUCACAAGAGCAAACCUGUAAAGGAGCUUAAAGAUAAUCUCGGAAUUAACCGAAUACCACAGACAGAAACUGAUUUGGAGAAAGCCGUAUUUGCCGCAUGA